CCUCUCACAGUGAACCGGAUGCGCUGCCAGUCUCCUCCUCCUCCGCGUCCUUAGCCUCCACCCAGCUCCCUGGAGAAGCCGCUGCCACCCCGAGGCCUUGGCCAGGAGAGGCUGCUGGCGACUGGCCCGGCGGGCGCGGGCACGGUAGGAGCUGGGCGCGCACGGCUACCGCGCGUGGAGGAGACACAGCCCUGCGGCCAUGAGUGCCCGGGCCGCUCCUUCACGCCGGAGACAGGCGGGUCGCCGGUUUCGCUACCUGCCUACUGGUAGCUUUCCCUUCCUCCUCUUACUGCUGCUGCUCUGCAUCCAGCUCGGGGGCGGACAGAAGAAAAAAGAGAACCUUUUGGCUGAAAAAGUGGAGCAGCUGAUGGAAUGGAGUUCCAGGCGCUCGAUCUUCAGAAUGAACGGCGACAAGUUCAGGAAGUUUGUAAAAGCCCCACCUCGGAACUACUCCAUGAUCGUCAUGUUCAGUGCUCUGCAGCCUCAGCGACAGUGUUCCGUGUGCAGGCAGGCUAACGAAGAAUAUCAAAUCCUGGCUAAUUCCUGGCGAUAUUCAUCUGCUUUUUGCAACAAACUGUUUUUUGGAAUGGUGGACUAUGAUGAAGGGACAGAUGUUUUUCAACAGCUCAACAUGAACUCCGCUCCCACAUUCAUGCAUUUUCCUUCAAAAGGCAGACCCAAGAGAGCUGAUACUUUUGACCUUCAACGAAUUGGAUUUGCAGCUGAACAGCUAGCAAAAUGGAUUGCCGACAGGACGGAUGUUCAUAUUCGAGUUUUCCGGCCACCCAACUACUCAGGCACCAUUGCUUUGGCCCUGUUAGUGUCACUGGUUGGUGGCUUGCUUUAUCUAAGGAGGAACAACUUGGAGUUUAUCUAUAACAAGACUGGUUGGGCCAUGGUAUCUCUGUGUAUAGUCUUUGCUAUGACGUCUGGCCAGAUGUGGAAUCAUAUCCGUGGACCUCCAUAUGCUCAUAAGAACCCACACAAUGGACAAGUGAGCUACAUUCAUGGAAGCAGCCAGGCUCAGUUUGUGGCAGAGUCACACAUCAUUCUAGUGCUGAAUGCUGCUAUCACCAUGGGGAUGGUUCUUCUAAAUGAAGCAGCAACUUCCAAAGGGGAUGUCGGGAAAAGACGCAUCAUUUGCCUCGUGGGGUUGGGCUUGGUGGUCUUCUUCUUCAGCUUUCUACUCUCAAUAUUUCGUUCAAAGUACCAUGGCUAUCCAUAUAGUGAUCUGGACAUUGAGUGAGAAGAUGUGAUUUGGACCAAGGCACUUAAAACUCUGUACCCUCAGCUUUUUAAUUAAAUGAAGCCAAAUGGGAUUUGCGUAAAGUGAGUGUUUACUAUGAAGAGAAGCAGUUCCUGACAUAAUAUUAUUUGGAAUUCUUGAGGUUCAUUCUUUGUUGAUUGUGAUACACUAGCUUAUUCUUGUAUAAUUUUUUUAAACUGUGGAUUUUCCUAAAACAUUUAAUUUAUAGAAAUGGAUGUGUAACAUUCCUUAAUCCGCAAUGGACUAUCAAAGUGUUUUUAAAUAUUCUCAGUGUAUGCCACAGGAGUGAGUAAAUGACAUUGUAACUAUGAA